CGCGUGCGUUUAAAAGCUUUUCGAGUUUACACCCCUACAUGUACAUACGUGCCCUACCCACCUUUGCUGAGGCUCUAAUCGACGAAUACCAGUCCUGUUUAACCUGAAUACGAAAGUCUACCCAAAACGCUCGACGAACUCUGCAAUAGAAGCCGAACCUCAACAUCCCCAUCAAGCUUUCCCCGAUGGCAAAAAGUGCGGGGCGUCGGCCUCCUUCUUCUGGUGCAUCAGUCAAACUCACCGGAACCUUCAUUUACACCGACGGGUCGCAAUACGAAGGCGAAUUCGCCGGCGACCCCGUCAUCGUCCCGCCCCCCGGCACACCCCUCACCACCGCCCCCUCCACACCCCCAUCUAGCAACGGGUUCAGCGGUUUCGGCCAACGCACCCGCAACGGACUGGGGACGUAUCGGUGUGAGAAGACCGGAGUGGUGUAUGAAGGUAUGUGGAGCGGGGAUGCGAUGGCGGGGAGGGGGCGGAUGAGUUAUCCUGAUGGCUCUGCAUACGAGGGAAACUGGCUCAACUCGAAAUACAACGGCGAAGGCACCUACACCUUCCUCGACGGGGCGAAAUAUUCGGGCGAGUGGACGGACGGGCGGAUGAAUGGCGCGGGGGUGUUUUUGGAUAAGAUGGGGAGGAGGUGGGUUGGGGUUAGUGUUAAUGGCGUGGGGGCGGAUUUCGCGCCUGAUAUUGUUUGAGAGAUGGGGGAUUCGGAGG